AUGACUAAGAACACUAAGAAGGUCCAAGAGACUUCGAGCCCUGUGUCAAAGAAUUUCUUACCACAGGGAAAAUAUUUGAAACCUGAUGAGAUUGAAUAUGAGUUCGGUGGUACAGCUGGUGUCCUUGGGAUGCUAAUUGGGUUUCCAUUACUAAUGUAUUACAUGUGGAUUUGUGCUGAAUUUUAUAAUGGAACUAUUGCACUACCCGCAGAGAAUGAAACAUGGACACACUUUGUUUCCCAUUUGUAUAAUUUAUUCCUAGAGAAUGGUGUUCCAACAACGUAUGCCUGGACUAUCUUCUUAACAUUUUGGGCCUUCCAAAUUGUCUUCUAUUAUACCUUACCUGGUAUCUGGACAAAGGGACAACCUUUGACACAUUUGAAAAACAAGCAAUUACCAUAUUAUUGUAAUGCUAUGUGGUCAUUGUACGUCUCCACUACUUUGGUUUUACUUGCACAUUUUACAGGUGUGUUUAAACUAUACACGAUUAUUGACAUCUUUGGUCAAAUUAUGACAUGUGCCAUUGUUUCUGGUUUCACUUUCUCAAUCGUUCUUUACCUAUGGACCCUUUUCAUUUCUCAUGAUUAUCACAGAAUGACCGGUAACCACCUUUAUGAUUUCUUUAUGGGUGCACCAUUGAAUCCUAGAUGGGGUAUUCUUGAUCUGAAAAUGUUCUUCGAGGUGAGGUUACCUUGGUUCACUUUGUACUUCAUUAGUUUGGGUGCAUGCUUAAAGCAAUACGAGUUAUAUGGAUACGUAACUCCACAAUUGGGCGUAGUAAUGUUAGCCCAUUGGCUCUAUGCAAAUGCCUGUGCCAAAGGUGAGGAACUGAUUGUUCCAACAUGGGAUAUGGCAUAUGAAAAGUUCGGGUUCAUGUUAAUCUUUUGGAAUAUUGCCGGUGUCCCAUACACCUAUUGUCACUGUACCUUGUAUCUAAUCUACCACGAUCCAUCUGAAUAUAAUUGGUCAUUUGGUUAUAAUGUAUCGCUUUACGUUACAUUACUAAUUGCCUAUUACUUUUUUGACACUGCUAAUGCUCAAAAGAAUGCCUUUAGAAAACAAAUGUCUGGAGAUACUCGAGUUAGAAAGACUUUUCCAUUUUUACCUUAUCAAAUAUUAAAGGAUCCCAAAUAUAUGAAAACUUCAAACGGUUCUCUUUUAUUAAUUGAUGGGUGGUAUACUUUGGCAAGAAAAAUUCACUAUACUGCCGAUUGGACCCAAUCCUUAAUCUGGGCUCUAUCGUGUGGAUUUAAUUCAGUGUUCCCAUGGUUUUUCCCAUGUUUCUUCCUUGUUGUCUUACUUCAUAGGGCUGCAAGAGACCAAGCAAAAUGUAAGAAGAAGUAUGGCAAAGAUUGGGAUACUUAUUGUAAACAUUGUCCCUACAUUUUUAUUCCAUAUGUAUUUUAG